AUGGUGGACAAUAACGCUGCACAAUCUCCUCCAUCAUCAGAAAAUACUUCGAAUAUAAACCAAUUWAAAUUGGGUUCAUUCAGUCUCCAAUCUGGUGAAUCUAAUAAAACUUAUCAGAAAACCGAUGGUUAUCCACAAGUUGGAUAUUCAAAUGAAACAAAUUCUUCCUUGAGUAGGACCGUACCGCAAGGUGGUCAAUCAAGUGACCCUGUUCCAAACCAAUCUAGUUUCAAGGAAAAAUCCGAUGCAGGCAAUUAUUACCUUAACAAAGAAAUUGUCCCGCAAGAACGAAAUAACCUCACCGAAGUUAUAAAAACUUCAGCAACUCCAGCACAAAAUGAUAAGCCUCUUGUCCAAAGUUCGCUUGUCCAAAGUCCUCCUGUCCAAAGUCCGAUCAGCAGCAGCAGCAGCAGUCCAAAUGAAGACAUCAGCUCGUUAUCAGGAUCGGAAGAAAAUGAGAAAGCAUCCACAAAAGGUGCACAAGAAUCAAACGAUGAAAGCUUUGACCUGAUGGAAUCGAAUUCUGGAUCUGGRAGUGGAAUGGUUUCAACUAUUAAGGGUGUGGAAGCCGAAAACAAUGACGAUGAAAGUAGUGGAGAUGAAAGUAGUGCUGUCGAGGAUAGUGUAACAACUGGGAAUGAAGAAUACUCAACUAUCUCCAAAAUGCCAGGAAAUCAACCAGAAAGUGCACCUAACUCAUACCCUGCUCCAAGUAUAAGCCCAAAUAAGGAGAACUAUGAUAACAGAAGUGAAGAAGCUAGWGUGUCCACUGCUCAGUCUAGUGAUAACACAGUGGAAAAAUACGUAACUGGCKCAAAAGAGGAUUGGASUUUGAAUAGUGGAGCAAAGUCGGUGCAAYCAGGMCAUGAAAAUUAUGAUGUAAAUGCAGGUUCRCAAAAUGUACCUGAGCAGAAAAAUASUGAMAAUACCACCCAAUACUCGACAGACCAAUAUAAUAGCRUGAGCCAUAGCACAGAAAGCGCUUUAGACACAAAUKCAAGCAGCAUUAGUACAGUACAAGGUUCUSUUGSUAGGAACGARAAUACAAAUGYUAACYCUGAGCCGGUUGUCAACAAGCAAGGUAYUGUCGAUGAAAAUGUAAAUUCUUAUGAAAGUGGUGACAGCAGUGCCUCAGGAACYGACGAAGAAUUU